AUGCACCAGCUGCUUGCGCCCAGGACGGCACGCCACGCUCGCCUUUUUCGUCUUGUGAAUGGCCUUGCCUCUUCUUCAUCGUCAUCAUCAUCGUCUGCCGCCACAGCCGGGGUGCCAAAGACGGACGGAGAGCGUUUAAUGUGGGUGAACUCGCACGUUAAGCGUAAUAAAGACAUUGAGUUGUCUCGUGAAGAGGAAAGUCUUCGGGAAAGGCAAAUGCCCUUGGACCUGGGCGAGAAUGCCUUCACCUCCAGUGCCCAGGCAACUCACGGCAGCCUGUUUCACUUUCGCGAAUACCCCAUGUACCCAGGGGAGUACGUCCCAGCUGAACACAACACGCUGUCUUCCCUUCGUCACGAGCUGCGGAUGGAGCUUACCGCGCAGUCGCUUAAGGAGGCGUGGAUGCGUGUCAGCGGCGGGGUUUAUUUUCAGUCAGUUGAGGAAUACUACGCGUCGGUGGACGGCCUCGACGCAGAACAACUCGGAGAGGUCCUUGCUGCCCUUUUUCCAGAGCUCAGCUCCUACGAGGCCCAAGCGCUUGUGCAGUGUACGCUGGAGUCCAUCAGCAAACCGAUGAACACGGCAUCGCGUCAGCUGAGCCGUACCAUUACAGCGGAUGCGGUUGGCCUCGAUAAUGCGCCUGGGCAUUACACAAAUUUCUUGGAGUGGAUGGGCCGCCUCACAGAGACGCGGGGGUUUAAGACGGAGCAUGCCCUCUUCCAGUUCAGCCGCCGAAAGUUUAAUAGAGAUGAUGUUCGUGUCAUGUUUGAGAACUACAAGCUUAUGAGCCGGGCGACGCUCCUUGCAGAUAGCGCCGACAGCUACAGUCACUUUUACACGGUGCUGAAAGAUUUUGCGCGGAAAGUGGCUGGCGAGGACUCACGCCAUCAGAUUGGCGUGCGCAUUGACGAGCCGGAGGUGGACGCGGAGACCGGCAUUGCCGUCGGCCGAGGGUGUGCGGAUGGGGAUAAGUAUCAAUUCACCGCCCUCUUGCGUGAGAACCGCGACCGUAACGGCGCCAUCACCAUCAUGGGCAAACCGUUGGCCCUUGUGCUGGAUAACAAGGCCUGGCUGAUGGAGAUGCUGCUCAUGCCCUUUGACGAGGCGAACUUGGACUACCGAGACUUCGACGUGCACAUAGUGGCUGAGGGGCAUGCGAUGCCUUCAAUCGCAAACGAAAUCGCGGCGUUUGCGCUGCGUAUGGCGAUUGCUAACGCUCUUGUGAAGUUGUUGCCGCUCACACGCAUUCCGCUGAAGAAGUCCGGCCUGCUCUCCGUGGACCGUCGGCGCGAGAAGGGUCAGUUUCCCGGAUAUCUGGACGGAAAGCGGGUCAAGCGAAAGUUUGCCAAACGUUAG